GCGCCCCGCCACCCCCCGGCAUCCCGCCCCACCACGACCCCCUCUACAGCUCGGCUGAGUCGCCUCGCCAAGAGCGAGUCUUGCAACCCGGGGCAUUUUCUGGGGAGACGCCCAGUCUGAGGGCUGCUGGAACUGACGGGGAGGGACAGGCGUCCGGGACGGCCGGGUGAGCGGGUCCUGGCGGGGUGGGGGGCAGGGCCGCGAGGCUGGCAGGGUGGAAGCGGGCGCUCAGCGUAGCACCACCUCGAGGGGACAGGGAGGGCCGGCCCGGAUGGCUAGGGACGCUGGAAGUCUCGCAAGAGUACGAGCUGGGCCCCAGGGGCGCCUCCUGGCAGGGCAUCCCGCUGCCCAGCGGAGGCCUGGCGACCAGGAUGCCGGACCCGUCUCGUGAGCUGGCCCCGCUGCCCGGCCCAGGCGCGACGCCAACAGAUGCUGCGGGGCUGGAGGCGGGGGACCCUCAGCCGGUAGCGGCCGGCGCGGUCCGCACCAGCCUCGACAGCCGCCGCCGUCGCCCGCCCCGGCGCUCCCCGCUCACGGGGCCUUACCGAGGCACUGUCCCACCGGCGUGCUGAACGGAUUCCCCAGGAGGAACUCCAUCUUGCACGGAAAGCGCGGCGGCGGACGGGGCGUCCAGUCUGCCCGCCCGGGUCUCCGCCGUCCCCAGCCGCGGUCCCGACCUGACUGACACUCGCCCCCGCCCCACGCUCAGGAACGCCGAGCCCCGGGCCCUUGGCCACGCCCCCUUGAUACGUCUCAAUUGGGCAACGCCUACAGAGCCCUCAUCCGAUUGGCCUUCGCCUCUACCUCAGCGAAGCUCCCACCCACCCCGCGGCGUCCGAUUGGCCAGAGAGCGAGCUUGAGCUCUGGAGUCCCCGUCAGGCGCUACGUAGCGGCUCCUCCUCUGGCCCGCCUCCGAAAGAGAGGCUUUGCGUGUUGAUUCGCCCAUAUGUCCGUCAAGCUAGAGAAUCCUUAGUAUUAUUGGAUGAAGGACGAGUCAAUCACUCAAACCGGGGCAAGGAGAGGCGGUGCAUCCACGAAUAUCCCCGCCCACAAAAAGUGCUGAUUGGGUAAACGGUUGUUUGCUCUAAGCCUGGUUGGUGUGGUAGGAUUUCCCCGCCCCAAGAACUGAUCACGUGAUGCGUCCACUUUCACCCAGGAUGUCUACCUCUUAACUUCCCCUUAGCGACCGAGCGGGCGGCGCUUAAGGUUCCCUAGCAACCGGGGGACGCUGUUGCUACGCGGACCCAGCCUGGAAGCUGGCGCCUGAGACGAGAGGAGAGGAGACCCGGGGCGGACAGUGGGGAGAGAGGAAACUGCUGCACCUGCUUCCCGGCGAAGAGGCUCUUCAGGUCGCAGCAGCGUCGGACUUGAAGCUGCUGUCUCUGCCGCCUAACUCUGGGCUCACUGACGCCACUGACAGGGAACAUGAGCCGGCUGCACAACUCCAUAGAGCCGCUCGUGAUGGACGACGAGAUGCUGAAGCUGGCCGUGAGCGAGCAGGGGCCUCGCGAGGAGGCCGGGCAGCUGGCCAAACAGGAGGGCAUCCUCUUCAAAGAUGUCCUGACCCUGCGGCUGGACUUCCAGAACAUCCUGCACAUUGAUAACCUCUGGCAGUUCGAGAACCUGCGCAAGCUGCAGCUGGACAACAACAUCAUCGAGAGGAUCGAGGGCCUGGAAAACCUCGUCCACCUGGUCUGGCUGGAUCUGUCCUUCAACAACAUCGAGGUCAUGGGCCUGGACAGCCUGGUGAACCUGGAGGACCUGAGCUUGUUCAACAACCGGAUCUCCAGGAUCGACUCCCUGGACGCGCUGGGCAAGCUGCAGGUGCUGUCGCUGGGCAACAACCAGAUCGACAACAUAAUGAAUGUGAGUGGCCGACACGCACACACCCGUGCGCAUGCGCGGGGCUCGGACAGGGCGGGGUCUGCCGCGUGGGCAG